AUGGCAGAUUCUUAUGGUAGCAACCAUGACAGAAAUUCUAAACAGGAUCUCCUGGUGCGUUCCAAAAGAGGAUGGGUCUUAUCUACAAUUGAAUUAGAAGAAGAAAAGGACGCACAGUACCCCAUAGAGAUUUCACAGAUGUAUAACGACAAGAUUGAGGGUAAAGCCUUUAGGUUCCUUUUAAGUGGUGAAGGUGUGCCGGACGUGUUUACGGUCAAUGAAAACACUGGAGCCAUCUAUGCACAUAGAAAAGUGGACAGGGAGCAAAAGCCACUUUACCAUAUCAACUUUGAUGUCUUGGACAGAAAUACGGGUGAAAAACUAGACAAGGAACUAGCAUUUGAUGUUGAAAUACAAGACAUAAAUGAUAAUCCACCCAAGUUCUCUCUUCCUGAAAUAACAGUUGAUGUAAAGGAAAAUAUACAAGCACGCGUUUUGCCAGUUACCCUGGUGGCCACAGACAUAGAUAAGGAGAACACACCCAACUCUGAAUUUGACAUCACAAUGGUUUCACAGAGUCCAGCAGUGCCCAAAAUUGCUGUGCAGCAAGACGAAGGAGUGGCCCGACUCGUCUUGAAAGGAUGUUUUGACUAUGAUAAAGCAAAAAAGUAUAAAAUCAUCUUACAAGCAAAAGAUCGUGGAACAAAGCCAAAGACUCUGUCCUCUACUGCUGUUGUUAACCUGAACAUUGUCGAUGCAAACACUCACCAACCAAGAUUCAAGGAGAGACAGUACUACGGUAAAGCAAUAGAAAUGGAGACCAGUGAUAACAUUUUGAGAGUUGCUGUGGAGGAUAAAGAUACUCCUAACACUGAUGGAUGGCGUGCCAAGUACUCGAUAAUUGCAGGGAAUGAAGAAGGAACCUACAAAAUUGAAACUGAUCCAGAAACAAAUGAGGGUGUCCUGAGUAUUGUCAAGUCAAAGCGCUAUGAACAUACGACUUUAGUGAACUUGCAGAUUGGAGUAAAGAAUGUUGAAGACUUAUUUGUUUGCCCAUCACUGUUCGAUUCAACCAGCAUCAUACUACACAUGAUUGAUGGCAAUGAUACAGACAACGUGUACCUGAAGGAGGAAGAGGAGCCAGGAAAGGUGUUGUUCAAGCCAAAGGUUCACGAUGUUGACUCUAAUAAUACCAGGUAUGUGCUCCUAGAUGAUCCAGCUGACUGGGUAGCCAUUGAUAAAAAAACAGGAGAAAUCACAUCAACUAAGAAGCUGGACAGAGAGUCAGAAUUUGUUGAUGACAAGAAUGUUUACAAAGUCCUCAUAGCUGCCAUAGAUGACGGUAAACCUCCAGCCACGAGCACAUACACUGUCAAGAUCCACCUGGCGGACAUCAAUGACAAUACUCCUAAGCUGGUCAACAACAGCGCUGUCAUAUGUGGAAACAAGGUUAACAGGGUCAAGGUGCGUGCAAAGGACCUAGAUGCCGAUCCUUAUAGUGGACCCUUCUACUUCUCUCUGGGGGAUGAUGAAAUUCUAAAGCAACAAUGGAAAAUAGAACCUGAAUAUGGUGUGGAUGCUUUUCUUUUUAGCUUGAAGACACUUCCUUAUCUUAACUAUUCAAUUCCCCUGGUGAUUAUGGACCAACAGAACAAAGCUGGACAUGAUACUCUGGAAUUGAUGGUGUGCGAAUGUGAAGAAAAUGAUGUUUGCAAAGAACCACCUUCAAUAAGUUUUGGACCAGCUGACAUUGGAGCACUUACUGCAAGAUUGCUUAUAUUUUUGUCACUCCUAAUCGUGUUUUUGUGUGUAAAGAAGAAGAUUAAGAAUGUGCAACAACAUGAGGGCAUGUACAACCAAGAAGAAGGGAGUUCUUCAUGCAAGGCUGAGUCCACUUGUCUCCAGUCACCAACAGAUAGUAUAGUAGUGGCAGAUGCAGGCGACAAUGCAGGUGCUCAUGCUCUCAACUCUGACAGUCUUCCUUUUUGGUGGAUGACUUUUUCCCAGAGAAGCAUCAGUCGUGUCGAUUUGAACACGGUCAUAGUAUAG